CCUCAUAAGACCUGACAGCCAGGAGAGGGCACAUUUCAGGGACACCAUGGAGGGUGGCUUCACUGGGGGUGAUGAGUACCAGAAGCACUUCCUGCCCAGGGACUACUUGGCCACUUACUACAGCUUCGAUGGCAGCCCCUCACCCGAGGCUGAGAUACUGAAGUUUAACUUGGAAUGUCUCCACAAGACCUUCGGGCCUGGAGGUCUUCAAGGGGACACACUGAUCGACAUUGGCUCAGGCCCUACCAUCUACCAAGUUCUCGCUGCCUGUGAGUCCUUCCGAGACAUCACUCUCUCUGACUUUACUGACCGCAACCGGGAGGAGCUGGAAAAGUGGCUGAAGAAGGAGCCGGGGGCCUAUGACUGGACCCCGGUGGUGAAAUUCGCCUGUGAGCUGGAAGGAAACAGCGGCCGUUGGGAGGAGAAGGAGGAGAAGCUGCGGGCAGCAGUGAAGCGGGUGCUCAAGUGUGAUGUCCACCUGGGCAACCCGCUGGCCCCUGCUGUGUUGCCCCCCGCCGACUGUGUGCUUACCCUGCUGGCCAUGGAGUGUGCCUGCUGUAGCCUUGAUGCCUACCGCACUGCACUGUGCAACCUUGCCUCACUGCUCAAGCCGUGUGGCCACCUGGUGACCACAGUCACGCUUCAGAUCUCAUCCUACAUGGUGGGGAAGUGUGAAUUUUCCUGUGUGGCCCUGGAGAAGGAGGAGGUGGAGCAGGCUGUCCUGGAUGCUGGCUUUGACAUUGAACAGCUCCUACAGAAUCCCCAGAGCUACUCUGUCACCAAUGCUGCCAGCUCUGGGGUCUGCUUCAUUGUGGCUCGCAAGAAGCCUAGGCCCUGAGCCAGGAGGGCCAGCCAGAGGUCUGGUUAGGCUGUGAGGCCUUGGCCAUCUGUAUGCUAGAGAGGGGUGAGGAAUGGAUACUAACAGCCUCUGAUUUCAAUACUAACAUUUCAUCUUCUGAAACUCUGAGAUUCUAACAUCCUUGUUUUAGAAUUCUAAGUUUCCAACAUUCCUCAUUCUAGGAUCCUAGGAGUGGAAUUUUCCAUUUUCUAGUCUACUAAGCUUUACAGCUAUCUUAGAUGCAAUCUGACUCCUGUGUGACUGUGGAGCACCCAGGGACAUGGUUUCAGAGCCUACCUAAUAUGUUAAGAACAAGGAAACCUCUGGACAGUGGUAUAUUGGGGAAUGUUUCAUAAUCAGCUCUGUAAAGGAAAAGCACUGAUGUGCAGCAGUUACCAGUUUCUGUGGUGUAAAUACUCCCACCAUGGUGGAUUUCAAGCCACCAGUGGUUUAAUAACCAGUUCAUAAAUCUCCUAAACAUUUUACAGUUGACUCUCAUGAGCUGAUUGGAGUCAGCUGGAACAUACCACUGCCUCUAGACUAAGGUCAGCAGAUUUGACAAAUACAGACUGCCCCAGUUCACUGAAUUUUAGAUAAAUGAAACAAAUUUUUAAGGUUAAGUAUGUCCCCAGAAUUGCAUGGAACAUGCUUAUCCUAAACAAUGAUUUGUUGUUCACCUGAAAUUCAAAUUUAGCUGGGUGUCCUGUAUUUCAUUUGGCAACCCUACUUCAGACCCAAGUGUAAGGUACAUGGAUGUGCUUUGGUCAAGGAAUAUGCCAAGGCAGAUAUCCAUGCCUGCAUGACUCAGCGGGUUUGGUGCACAGGCACACACCUCCACUUGUUAUAUAACCUGUUUGUGUAAGUUCAUACUUGGUCUGAGCCACUGUUGUCUGUAAAAGGUAAUUGUCCUGCUAAUGCUGUACAGGGGCUCUUGGGGUUCGGCUCAGCCCAACAUGACUUGACAUGGUGGGCGCACUGGCGCCCAGAGAAAGAGAGAGAGCCAAAGCUGUCCAUCUUGCAGAUGGACAGGAAGGAGCUAGGACACAGUUCGGCUAGCUCAUGCCCAGAGGGAGAAAGAGUUAAGCUGCUGACCCUGAAGGCAAGGGAGAGCAGGCUGCACAGCUGUGUGUGGGAGCCCUGGGCUCAAGCAGCCGAGACAGGGCGGACAGUGUGAGAGAGCUAGUGUGAGUAAGCUGUUGAUGAGAGCUGUUGCUGAAUAAAACCAU